UGUGCACGCUUGCAGUUGCUGGCAUACUAUCCAACACGACCGCUUUCUCUAGGAGUCGUCGAAGUUGGAGCAUUGAGCAACAAUGGCUCACGUGCUGUCCCUCAGUGUAAGUCUCUCUGCAGCUGAGACCCACAAGGGUUCUCCAAAGCCACUGAAGUUCGCCAAGAGAACCCGGGAGCCGAAGACUCCCAUUUACAAUCCUAGGAAAGGUUCUCACAAUCCCUCUAGCAAGACCCAGAAGCUUAAUUCGGAGGUCUCACCCCAUAGGGCAGUGUCUGCAGUGAGGUUGAUGAGAAUAGAGCUGGGUGGUGCUUUUGCUGACCUUUUGAAUGAGAAAGGGAAGGGUUCUGGUGAUAAUGAGAUGGGAUAUGUUGAAAGAACUCUCGGAUUUCGUACCCGGGGGUUAGAUGACCGGGAUCUUAGAUUGGUUACAGAUAUUGUUGGGGGAACCAUCCGUUGGAGGAGAUUUCUUGAUUUUUUGAUCUGUUCUAUAUGCCAUGAUGAGAACACAUUUAGAAGAAUGGAGCCUCUUCUCUUACAGAUUCUCCGAAUAGGUUUCUAUGAGAUUGUCAAGCUCGAUAUGCCACAAUAUGCUGUUGUAGAUGAGAAUGUGAGGCUUGCAAAGGUUGCCCUAAGACCUGGUGCUGGUAACAUGGUCAAUGGGAUUCUGCGGAAGCUUGUUUUGCUGAAGGAAAGCAACUCUCUUCCUCUACCCAAAGUGGAGGGUGAUGAACGUGCACAAGCACGUGCUCUUGCUACUCUGUAUUCUCAUCCUGUUUGGAUGGUAAGGCGAUGGACGAAGUAUGUUGGGCAAGAAGAAACCAUUAGAUUGAUGACCUGGAACAACAGUGAUCCCAGUUUCAGCCUGAGGGCAAACAGUGGGAAAGGCGUUUCAAGAGCUGACCUUGUAAUGCAGCUUAAUCUGUUGAAGUUUGGAUUUACAACUACUAAAUCUUCAUUUUGGGACCUGUUCUGUCUCUCUCCAACACACACGCACACGCAACACACACUCAUAGAGAGCAUGGUUCCACAUGAGCUUUCUUUGCAUUUGGAUGAUUUUGUCCGUAUUAAAACUGGGUUACAGGUUGUCAUAACAGCUGGCUUACUCAAAGAUGGUUUAUGUUCCGUUCAGGACGAGAGCGCAGGAAUGGUAGUUUCUGUUGUGGAUCCUCAACCGGGUGAGAGAAUAAUUGAUUGUUGUGCUGCUCCAGGAGGAAAGACUCUUUACAUGGCAUCCCAAUUAAGUGGCCAGGGUAUGGUAUCUGCGAUUGACAUAAACGAGGGCCGGUUGAGAAUCGUUAAAGAAACAGCCAAGUUGCACCAAGUAGAUAGUGUCAUCACCACCAUCCAUGCUGAUCUUCGUACCUUUGCUGAGAAAAAUCCAGUGAAGGGCGAUAAGGUUUUGCUGGAUGCUCCAUGUUCCGGACUGGGUGUUCUCUCAAAGAGAGCGGACCUACGUUGGAACAGGAAAUUAGAGGAUAUUGAACAACUGAAGAAUUUACAGGAUGGGCUCUUCGAUGCAGCAUCUGUAUUGGUAAAGCCUGGGGGAGUUUUAAUAUACAGUACCUGUUCCAUAGACCCUGAAGAGAAUGAAGAGAGGGUGGCUGCAUUUCUUCUCAGGCAUCCAGAAUUUUCCAUGGAUCCAGUUGACAGAUAUGUACCACCUGAUUUUGUAACGGAACGUGGUUUCUAUUUCUCCAACCCAGUAAAACAUUCGCUUGAUGGGGCCUUUGCCGCUCGUCUUGUUCGAGAUUUAUAAAUCAGAUAGACCAAUUCUGCCGUUUGCAGGAUAAAUCUCACAUUCAGAAGAAGUCCUCUUUCUGCACACAACAAAAAUAUAAUCUCAACCUGUAGGCUUUUCCUGAAGUUGGAUCCAAAUGCUACUGUAGUUUCAUAGGAGAUCUGUCUUUUUCACAGGCACAUGCAAUCCUCUUUUCUAGGGCGUUUCCAUUCCCUUUAUGAAGACCCUUUCUUCUGCUUGCUGCAUGGCUGAUAUUCCUGGAUUCCCCAAGCAUUGGAAGGAUUCAUGUGGAGUACAACCUUCAUCAUAAUCACUCAGUUUUCGAGGCAGGGCUGCUUAACCAAACCCAUGAUAAAACAAGAACUCCAAGUACAGACAAGCGAAGGGAACAAAUUUUAAGGCCUGUUUGAUUCAACAUGGUUCCAAUGAGAAAUGCUGAAAACUACAUUUUUAUCCUACAAAUAUUCAACAAUGCUGACAUGAGAGUCUCAAUCAACCUUAGAUCAAUUUUUGUUAAAAAAAAUUUUCAAGAGCUGGUUGGGAUUGUUACGUCAUUAUUGUUGGAUAAUUAUAGGAUAAAAAUAUGACUUCUAACUUUAGUUUUUUGUAUUUUAUAUACAAGAGGCACUGCAAGGAAAGUGUGUAUAUGGAUGAGUCAAACCAGAGGAGCAUUUGAAGCUCCUUUUGUCUGAUUAUAGAAUGCAUGAUUUGUAAUCAUUAGCUUGAAGCCCUUGCUAAUGCAUGGCAAGAAUAUUUGUGUUAUUUUAAAAAUUCAACUAUUCUACAUUAUUUAUAAAAA